GGGGGAUUUGGUGUCUUUGGGUCCUUCCUCGGGCCUGGAAAUAGGUGUCUGGGAUCCUGAAGGGAGGCAUGCUGGUGUUUGAUUUGCAUGCCUCUCUUGGGUUUCCCCCAAUUAAGUUUUCCCAGCCUGAGCUGAUUGUCUGGAAAGAGAGCAAAGCUGUGACGAUGGGAAAUGAGGGCGGGUGGAUGAGAAAAUGAGCGAUUCCUGCGUUUCGCUAGGGAACUCAAGUCUCCUCCUGCAGCCUUCCUAGCGGUCACAGGCACAUCUCUGCGAUCAGCAGAAGCAGCUGAGACCCUCUGGAGCGCCUGGUUAGGUACCAGUUGGGGCUGUUGUCCUGCCUCUCACGGGAGUUACAGACAGCUGUUGAAGGAACAGAAAGGUGUUUAACCUGGCCUCACGGAGCCUAGCUUUGUUAUGGAAAUACCUGCAUGGGAGGGCCCCUUGGCCACACAAUCAGAUGCUUAUCAGGGCUGAAGAGCUGUGUGUUUUUUGUCCAUCGAUUGCUUAAAUAAAGACUAGGAAUUCUUCCUAGUGUAAAAUAUACCACUUUUCUGACCUAUCUUCCCACACACACACACCUUUUUCUCUCAAACUGGGGAGAUGAAGGAGGCAGGGAAGACAAAGAGUUAAUUCCUUUCUUUCCAGUUUGGCCUUUGGACUCAACUGUCUUUUCAGAAGUAGAAAAAUGCCUUCUAAUUAGAAGUUUAGAUGGGAAGAGCUGGUGAAGAGGGAAAGUAACAAACAUUUAUUUAUCUCCAUUAAAAGAACAUUUUUUAAGGAAAAAAAAUUGCAGUAAUGUAAGUUUUGAAAUUGUGUGCUAGUGUUCAUUCUGGAAUUUUUUUAAAUUAACAUGCAUUUACAUUGCAGUUAAAACACCCUCCUUAAGAACAUUCAUCAAGGGCUUCCCUGGUGGCGCAGUGGUUGAGAGUCCGCGUGCCGAUGCAGGGGACACGGGUUCGUGCCCCGGUCCGGGAAGAUCCCACAUGCCGCGGAGCGGCUGGGCCCGUGAGCCAUGGCCGCUGGGCCUGCGCGUCCGGAGCCUGUGCUCCGCAAUGGGAGAGCACAACAGUGAGAGGUCCGCGUACCGCAAAAAAAAAAGAGCAUUCAUCAAAAUUAAGGGUUUAAAGUUUCAAACAAACAAAAGUUUCAAAGAUUGUUUCCUGACCAUUCUGCCCCACACUGCUCAAUAAUAUGAGCGUCCCUAUUUCAUGGAUUUGGUUUAAAAGUAUCCCACUAAUUUUUAGCAAUUGUUGUAGUUUUCCUUUAGUAGAGAAUAUAAUUGACUGGCUAAUUUUUUGUUCAGUGUUUAUUCUUAAUUUUCCAUAGCUUUUAUUUCUGUCAUAGACGUGGAGAAAUGUAUUUCCAAAUCUCAGAAAUUAUCCUGUUGCUGUCCUUAUCAAAAGCUCUCCCCCGCAGCCUUAACUCAUGGACUCAGCAUCUACAGAUGUGGCAGUAGAUUCCAGCACUGUUCUUAAGCAUCAUCCAUGGAGUAUCUUCUUGCUGUGGAUUUUGCUCUGAAGGUUCUCCAGUGGUCUGACUCAGAGAUGGUGCGCCUCCAGCUGUGGGAUAUUGCAGGGCAGGAGCGCUUCACUUCUAUGACCCGACUUUACUAUCGGGAUGCAUCUGCCUGUGUUAUUAUGUUUGAUGUUACCAACGCCACUACCUUCAGCAACAGCCAAAGAUGGAAACAGGACCUGGACAGCAAGCUCACACUGCCUAAUGGAGAGCCGGUGCCCUGCCUGCUCUUAGCCAACAAGUGUGAUCUGUCCCCUUGGGCAGUGAGCCGAGACCAGGUUGACCGGUUCAGUAAAGAGAAUGGUUUCACAGGUUGGACAGAAACAUCAGUCAAGGAGAACAAAAAUAUUAAUGAGGCCAUGAGAGUCCUCAUUGAGAAGAUGAUGAGCAAUUCCAGGGAAGAUAUGUCUUUGUCCACCCAAGGGAACUACAUCAACCUGCAGACCAAGCCCUCUUCCAGCUGGGCCUGCUGCUAGUAGCGUUUGGCUUGUUUUCCCCCCCAGUUCUAGGAGAUCCUUCUCUUCCCUUUGGUUGCCCACCCAGCAGUUUUACUAAGUACAUUUGAACUGUCUGCUGCUGACGGUCCAGUAAGGAGGGCCAUCAUCACUAAGAGAAGACACAUGGGACCCAUGGGCAUUUCUGCUGCCUCUGCUGCAAGUUGCCUGUCACUUGCUGCUGGCUCACGGGGCCCAGUCAGUGCCUUCUGUCCAAAAAAGAUCAUCUCAUCUCUCAAUUUGUGAUCUGGGAUUUUGUGGGAAGGAUUAGAAGUCAGCAUCUGUGUUUUACGGAUCAUAAUUCUCACCUACUUUUGAGCAUAUUUUUCCAUUUAAUGUAUAUUGAUAUCUCAAUCUGAUAGGACUUCAGAUUGCAAGGAAAAUGAGAUCAAAGGUCAUUUCCCAAAUUCCUUGUUGAUCAUUGCUUUCAGAUUCUUUCUGUCUUGGACUUUGAAUUUAAACACCUGAUUCUGAGAUACAGGAGAAAUGGGGCUGGAUAUCUAUGGGUUUAGGGCUACUGGAGGUAAACCAAAAGUCACUAUUUCUUUAAGCUUCUCAAGUCAUAUUAGCUUUCUUUUGUCUUGGUUUUAAAAAUAGUUAACCUUUUAAAUGAUCUGUCUUUGGUUAGAGCGAUUCUUUCCCCAAAAAAUUAAUUCUCACUUUAAGGUUUUCUAGUGUCUCUCUCCCAGUGGGAUGGGGACAGGGUUUGCAGGUUGAUGUCUUGCCACGUAAUGCUGCAAGUGACAUCAGCUGGCCGUGGUACCCUGAACUAGGUCUAUUCCUCACAGCUCUGGGAGUCUGAAUGGAAGAAGAGGGUCAGGUUAACAGAACAAAAUCCUACGGGGCAACUUGCUUAGGAGCACUUUGGGUGUCUAGCACUUAACAGCCAUAGAAAAUAAAUAUUAUGUGUAGACCUUUGCCUGGGGGUGGAGAGUAGAUAGACAGAAAAUCAUUACGUAAUUUAAGUGCUAAAUUGGGUGGAGUUUUUAGUAUCAAAUCACUUCUAGACAGUUUAAUUUGUUAAAUUCUCACAGGAUGGUGAUUUAUAACCUGCCCAACGUUAUGAAUAUUCUUAGUGAGCUCAGGCUUAGAGCUCUUUGAGAGACACUUACCUAAAUAAGUGUUGUAAGUCAGUGGUUCCCAAAUCUGACUAAUGAGAACCACCUGGGAAGUUUAACGAUUUUAAAAUAAAAUGUUUUAAGAUUUCUGUUUCCCAACCUCAAACCUACUGAACCAAAAUGUCCAGGGAUGAAGCUUGGGGAUUUGUUGUUGUUGUUUUUCAGAGUUUCCCAGGCAAUUCUGCUCAGCCCAGUUUGGAAACCCUUGCUGGAGAACGUGGUAAAGAUGCAGAGACCCAGGCCUUCCCUGGGCUUCUGUAGGCUCCAUUAAUUCUCCAGGUGAUUUUGACACACACCAGACUUUGAAAAGCACUGUCCUAAGAGAGCUCAGAGGCCAAAUAUCAGAGCCCUUGGUGGUUUGUUUGUUUUUAAUGCCAGAUGUUAUAAAUUUUGCACAAUCUUCUGAGACCUUCAGGUUCUCUUUUGUAUUACUCUUUCCAGGUAGGGUUUUUAUUACAAUGAUUCUGAAAAUAAUAGUGGAAUAACAAGUUCUCUGUGAAAAUAAAAUUGAUUUUUAUUCACUGGUUUGAACCCCUGAAAAAUCACAAAUAAAUGGGAAAUAAGUAUUGUA